UGAUUAAACCAUUUUGCCAAAUUGUAUGUGCAGAUCUACUGUAUGAAUCUGAUGAAAUGUAUCUGGAUGCGGAUACAUUAAGUAUCAUAUAUAUCAGAAAAGAAGAAGAUAUUGUUUAAAUGUGAAUUACCAAAAAUUGAGCUAGCUAGAUUCUCAUUUCAUGCCUCCAAAGUCUAUGUAGUUUAUAAAGCAGUGGCCAAACCAAAUUGUUUGAGUUACAGCAGCAAACAGUCAUGGCCAAAGUUUUUAUGCUGCUUUCAUUUCAAAUUCUAUUUCUAACAAGCAUUCUUACUAUUAUUACAGGAAGUUUCAGCUCAGGCUUUACCUUGGAUCUCAUACACAUUGACUCUCCAAACUCUCCUUACUACAAUGGAAACCUUACCCAUGUUGAGAAAUUGCAAAGGCUUGGUCUUCAAUCAAAAGCCCGUGCCUAUUACCUUUCUCACGCAGAACAAAAUGCAUCAUUUCCUCAGACAAUUCGCGGUCAGGUCCAAGUUCAACCUAUGUCGAUCCACAUGGUACAAGUAUCCGUCGGAACGUUCCAUGAUCGAAACCCUCAUCAUAUUCAAUAUUUUCUCAUGUUUGAUACUGGUAGUGAUCUCACAUGGCUACAAUGCGAAGAUUGCGCAAGCUCAGGCCACCAUUGUUUUCCCCAAGCAGAACCUCUUUUUCCAAGUAGUAGGUCUUUUACUUAUCGCCCUGUACCUUGCAAUGACCAUCGGUAUUGCACUUCACAUAGGUGUAAUGGCAAGUUUUGUACUUAUUUUAUUGAAUAUCAAGAUCAAGCCCAAACAACAGGGACUCUUGCACAUGAUACGUUCACUUUUGGUUCGAGUGCUGGGCAUGGUCGCGAAGAAAGUAUUGAACUGAUAUUUGGCUGUGGAUUUGACCAAAAACAUUUUGAUUUCGUUACCAGUAGAGAAAACAGAAUGGCUGGUUAUUUGGGUUUGGGAGUGACUCGACUCUAUUAUUCUUUUAUAGAUCAAACGAGGCAUCUGACGGAUGGUCGUUUCUCAUAUUGUCUGCCACAAACCAAUGACAAUGGUGAUGUGCCUCCUAGUUUGUUAAGAUUUGGUUCAGACAUACCAAGAUCAAGACAACAUUUACAUACAACAAGGUUGUUGACUCACCACGAUGCACAUGGUUACUUCUUAAAGUUAAAGGAUAUGAGCCUUGCAGGAAACCGACUACACAUCCCUGAGCGAUUUUUCGAAAGAGGAAAUAGUGGUAGUCUAGGAUGUGUCAUAGACUCAGGAAGUGGAUGCUCUUUUAUUGCUGAGCGCCCUUUCAAUAUGCUGAAAACAGCAAUGAUAGAUUACUUUGAACACAAACCGGGAUUUCAACUAGUUGAUGAAUUGUAUGGCUUCAAUCUUUGCUUUGAAAGGCCAGACUCUGCAGGGUUCGGACAGCUUCCGAGAAUCACAUUUCAUUUUGAAGGGGGUGAUAUUGAAGUGAGGCCAGAGAAUCUGUAUGUGCUUGGUGAACAUGGCCGGUUUUAUAAAUUUUUUUGCUUGGCGAUGUACAAAGCAACAAAUGGAUUGACCAUUAUCGGAGCACGCCAACAAGCAGACCAGCGUGUGAUUUAUGACACUCAACAUAUGCAAUUGCAUUUUGGUCCUGAGGAUUGUGCUCAUAAUGCUUGAAGUUUGCCUUGUUUAUCUUUGAAUUUAUAAUAAAUAUGAUCCAUCCACCCUUUUUUUAAUAUU